AUGGAUGAGAAGUGUUACAAUCGGGAAGAGUUAAAAGGCGAACAUGAAAAGUUACUAGCAACGAUAACAGAUGAGCAAAAGCUUAUUUAUGAUGAAAUACUACAUGCAGUAAAUCAUAAACAUGGAGGUAUGUUUUUCGUUUACGGUUAUGGUGGGACAGGAAAAACAUUUUUAUGGAGGGUUUUAGGCUCUGCUCUUCGAUCAAGAGGGAAAAUAGUCUUAAAUGUUGCAUCAAGUGGUAUAGCUGCUCUUCUGUUGCAAGAGGGAAGAACAGCUCACUCUAGGUUUGGGAUUCCUAUUGCCGUCAAUGAGUUUUCAACAUGCUCGAUAAGUGCUGGUUCACAUCAAGCAGAUUUGAUUAAAGAGGCUGAACUCAUUAUAUGGGACGAAGCUCCAACGAUGAGUAAACACUGCUUUCAAACUUUAGAUAGAACUAUGAGAGAUAUACUCAAAUGUGACAAGGUUUUUGGUGGUAAGGUAAUCGUCUUUGGUGGAGAUUUUCUGCAGAUCUUACCAGUCAUAGUUGGAGGAGAUGGGAAGAUUAAUGAGCCUAAUAAUGGUGAGAUAGAGAUUGAUAUUCCUGAAGAUCUAUUAGUAUCAGAAAGCGAAGAUCCCAUACGAGACAUUGUGAAAGAGGUAUAUGGAAAUUCUUACACAAGAGAGCGUAACCCCAAAUUUUACCAAGAAAGGGCUAUAUUGAGUCCACGGAACGAAGAUGUCGACAAGAUCGAUGAAUAUAUGUUAUCUCAAAUAAAAGGUGAGGAGCGUUCAUAUCUCAGUUCAGAUAGUAUAGAUACUUCUGAUACAAGUAAAAUAGAUGAUAUGGUGUACACUCAAGAAUAUCUAAACCGCAUUAAGAUCUCUGGAUUACCAAAUCAUGAUCUAAAGUUGAAAAUCGGUGCACCUAUUAUGCUGCUUAGGAGAAUUGACCCUAAAGGUGGACUAUGCAAUGGUACUAGGUUACUUAGUAACGUCGAGGAUAGGAUUGAAGAUCUUGAUAACUGA